UUGGUCUUUCUACCGUAAAGUGAAGCAAGUUAAGACAAAACAAGUUAAGUAAAUGAUAACACGCUCUAAAAGUGCGAAAAUGAGUGUAACUCAUAAGGGAGACGGUGAGGCCGCCUUGAGGGAUACUGCUCCGCCCUUGCAAGGAGGCGAGGGCGCCGCCGCUGCCCCUCCCGGAGCGACGCCGACACCUUCCCGCGUGGCGAGCGCCGUCUCGUCACGCUCCUCUUCUACAAUCGUGGCGCGCCAGCUGGAGGCGAGGGCGCAACAUGCGCGCCGUCUGGCUGAGAUGGAAAAGGAGCGCGAGCGCCAAGCGGCCGAACGUGCCGCGGAGCGCGAGCGCCAAGCGGCCGAACGUGCAGAGCGUGCCGCGGAGCGCGAGCGCCAGGUUGCCGAGCUCGAGCUGAAAGCCAGUCUCGCCGCCAUAGAGGCGGGCGCUAGCCGACGUGGAAGUCAUGGCACGCGUAGUCGUGCAAGUGUACAGGAAUGGGUAAAUAAUACGAUGCCUAAUACCUUUGAACAACAUUUAUUAAGUGCCAACCCACCUUUCAGGUCUGUCGAUGUUGCGGCCCAGCGCCAGCCACUGGGACCGAGAGAGCCGCACGGCAUGAGUGCCGCGGCAAAUAAAAACUCUCACGAGCAAUAUUGCCCUGAAGACGGAGGAGUGACUCGCUUAGUAAAUUCGCUCGAUAAGCUAAUAAAUAAAGUAAACCAAACGAAGACGGAUUUACCUAACUUUGACGGCAAGUCGUACCUGGAUUGGUUAGCUUUAAAACGUAUCUACGAAAAUAAAGCCGAUAGUUUUUCUCCUAGUGAAAAUUUAGCUCGAUUGUCUCGCGCCCUGAAAGGGACGGCGCGCGAGGCCGUGGCGGGCCUGCUGGCGGCGGCGCGCGACCCCGGCGCCGUGGUGGCCGCGCUCGACGCGCGCUUCGGCCGCCCCGAGCUCGUCGUCAUGCAUGAAGUGGCAGCGGUGCGUAACCUGCCUAAGGUAAGCUACGACGGUAAGGAUUUAGUGAUUUUUGCAAGCCGUGUGCGUAAUUGCGUAGAAGUUAUCCGCAUGUUAAAUAAGCCCGACCAUUUACGCUCGCCUGAGCUGUUUCAAGCACUAUGGAGCAAACUGCCAGUGCUGCUGCGUCCACGGUGGUUGGAUUAUGCUCAUUCGUGCAAUGGCAGCGCUUCUAAAAUAGAAAUGUUUGCGGAUUUCCUCUCGCGCGAGGUUGACUUGCAGUGCAGAUUUGGAGGCAAUAUUGACCAGGCCUCUGCCUUAAUCCCCCGGCCGAUAGGCAAUAGGGAUAAAGUCAACAAUAUUGCUGAAAAUAAUCAUUCCUCUAAUAGCAUUGAAACUUCUAUAAACUCGAAUAAUAUUUCUGAUAAUAAUUGUUCAUUAUGUCAACAAAAACAUGAUUUAUCGGAUUGUGACAAGUUUGUCAAAAUGUCAAUAAAUGAUAGGUGGCAAUUCAUUAAGAAAAAUAAAAUAUGCCAUAGGUGUUUGAAAAAAGGUUUCCAUAAGAAUAAAACUUCAUGUAUGAAAAAAGUAUGUAGCGUAGUAGGUUGUGAAAUGCGUCAUCAUAAUUUGUUACACGGGUCUAAAUUUGAACGUGUCGUCACCACGCACGUCGACGCCGAGGACAACGACGACGCCACCGACGACGACUCCGAGGACGACGACGACGAGCAAGUGCCAUCGACGUCCGGCGUGAGCGCGCCCGCCGCCUGCGCCGCUACCGGAGCAGCCGCGACUACUCCGCUGCCUGACGACUCGGAACAUGACAUUCUAACGCAUGCCACCUCUUCAUCGCCCAAGAAGCCUUCCGCGCGGCCGUUGUUGAAAAUUGUCUCUGUCACCGUGUCCGGACCGUCCGGUAGCGUUGACACAUUUGCUUUAUUAGACGACGGAUCGUCAGGAACAUACAUAGACUCAGAAAUAUCUUCUCAAAUUGGAGCCAAAACGUCUGAAAGGCUUAUCCACGUAGAUUGCGUACUCGGUUUAGGCAAGGACGUUAAAGUGCAAAUCUCGCUGGAUCUCAGGGCCUACCUUUCUCCUGUCCUCGUCCUGGCCCGCUGA